AUGGAUGAGCAGAUAAAAGGGUACUUGAAUAAUUUUAAAAACAAGGUGGGUAAAACCAUUUUGAUAUCGUCAGGUAAGAAUAACCAUAAAAUAGAUAUAAAUUAUGUAAAAGAGGUUUUAAUAAAGUCUAAUAUAAAAAGACAUAUAGAAAUAAAUAAUAAAUUUGUUGAAUUAUUUAAAAGGUUAAAUAAAAAUAUUAAUUGUUUAAGUGAAUUACAUAAUAUUUUAUGUUUAGAAAAGAAUAAGCAUAUUGAUAAAUAUGAGAAUUUAUUGAGUAAGGAAUAUUUCUUUGAGAAAAAAAAAAAGGAAGAAAGUUAUAUAAACGAAAAAUAUUGUUUCAUUGAAAAUAUAAUAAAGAGUAUGAGAACGAUUCUUUUAAAAUGUGAUGAAAUUCUAGAUAUAUUUAAAGAAUUAUAUUUAUUCUUUUAUUUGUACCUAUAUAAAUUUGCUUGUAAUAUAAAUGACUUCGUGGGAUAUUUAUAUAAUCAUAAGGAUGUUGAAGAAAAUAAAAAAUUAAAACUUUUAUCAAUGAUGAAUAAUAAGAGUAAUAGUAAUAAUUAUAAAAAUAAUGAUAACACAUGUAAUAAUAAUCAUAAUAAUUAUAAAAAUAAUGAUAACAUAUGUAAUAAUAAUCAUAACAAUUGUAAUAUUUUAUUUGAUAACCCUUGUUGUUUUAAUAAAAAUUUACUUUGUGAAAUAUUUUGCCUAAAUAAGAUAUGUGAAGAAGAGUUAGCUCAUUUUUACCCACAAAAAUUAUUUCUGUCAAAGUUUUAUAAUAAUAAAAGCAUUAAUAAAUUCUUAAAAUUUAUUUUACUUAAAGAAAAAGAGGAAUUUAAUUUUAUAUAUUUAAAAGAAGUAGAACUUUUUUUUUUGUUAACAUGUGUAUUAUAUUAUAUGGAAAGAGAUAUGAAUCUUAAGGUUCAUAUGAACGAAGUAAUAAUGAAACAUAUUAAUAAGAAUAUCACAGGAGAAAAGAAGGAAAAGAUAAAUAAAAAUAAUAAAUAUUUAUUUGAUAUAAACAAUACUUUGGAUGAACAGAUUUUUAAAAAUUAUUCAAAAACCAUUUUUUAUAAUCCCUACAUGAAUAAAAUGAAAAAAAUAUCUUAUAUUAUAUGA